AUGAAGCGAGCCAAGGAAGGCACCGCGUCGCGCAACCUUGUUAUCUACAACAUCAACCAGCGACCAGCCAUAACCGAAGACAUGAUCCGGCACGAUCUGUACCACAUCCACAACAUGGUAGUCAUCUACGUGCAAUUCUCCGAGGGAAAUGCCUACCUCAGCACCAACAGCGUGAGCAAUGCGCUCUACGCUCGCACUUGCAUGCUUUCCCGCACCAUGUACCGUGGCCUGCAGAUCGGCUUCUACCCAGACGAAUGUGACGGCGAUAUCGACGAUAUGGACGACUCGGCACCCCCUUACACUCUGCCUCCCGUGGAGAAGGAUGCCAAGGUCUACAACCCUUAUGAUGUGCUUUCAGUUGAGGGAGUUGAGGAUGAGGAUGAGGGGAAUCAGGGCAGUGUGGAGGAUAAUGAGGAUGAAGAGCUAGAGCCGUAUUAG